GUUACUGGAAAACCAACAUAACUACACCUACGACUAUCAAGAACCGAAGGACGUACAGAGGUACAUACUGCCCCUUCGGGCAGAGCCUCUUCGGUUUGCAAUUGAUCUUGAAUUUGUAAAGAAAUUUGCAUGCUUUUUUGUGCUAAAUUCAUAUCGUUGGGUGCUUUCAUUAUCUAGCCCGCCAUAAUAUGCACCUUUGAGUUUGUGACAGUUAUAAAUAUAAUUCCACCAUUCCCUUUGUUCUUGUGUAUUGGCCGUUAUAUUUUUGUGUCUGUUUGCAUAUGUAUCGUAUAGCAAGAGUAUUUAGGGAAUUAUUGGGUGAUCAGCCUACCAAAUCUUUGACACUACCCUUGCGCCGUAGCCACGAUAAGAACUCUAGUUAAUUCCGUGAGAUUACUGAUGAUGCUUGAAGACCUCAUGCUAUUAUACCGGGUAGAGAGCACAAUUCUCGUACAGCGUUACAUCAGAGCCCGCACAAACCGUGCUAGGCGUAGGAUCAUUGGACAUGCGAGGCAGUACAGCUUGAUAAGUAAGGUUCCUCAGCAAUUGAUACACUUGGAACGCCUGAUUAAUGUCACUGAUGUUGACUGCAUAGCAAACUUAAGAAUGGAUCGUAACACAUUUGGGAAGUUGUGUCGCAUCCUCACUGAGCAGGGAGGAUUGCGUCCAGGGAAAUGCUUAGGCAUUGAAGAACAGGUGGCGAUUUUUUUGGGCGUCUUAGCGCAUCACAAUAAAAAUCGUGUUGUUCGUUCCAGUUUUUUUAGGUCCGGUUCGACAGUGUCCCACUACAUUAACAAGGUUUUGUGGGCUGUUUUGAGUCUCCACAGAGUGUUAUUGUCGAAGCCUACACCAGUGCCGGAUGAUUGCAUUGAUCACAGAUGGAAAUGGUUCAAGGGCUGUCUCGGUGCACUCGACGGUACACACAUCAACGUACUGGUUAGCACCAGUGACAAACCUCGUUAUCGGACGCGCAAGGGGACUAUUGCAACGAACACCUUGGCUGUUUGCGAUCGCAAUAUGCAGCUUGUUUAUUUCCUACCUGGUUGGGAAGGGUCCGCCGACGACUCUCGCGUACUCAGGGAUGCUGUGGCUCGCCCCAACGGUCUAAAAGUUCCCCAGGUUAUGCAGCCUGCUGUCCCCCCUUUUUUUGUGGACAUUGGAUGUUAUUUUUGUCGGGUUUCCAGUUAUUGGGUUUAACUAUGUACAUAUCUCCUUACUCUGUUGAACGUUUCAGGCUGUUACUAUUUAUGUGACAACGGCUACGCCAAUAGCAACGGGUUUUUGACGCCUUGCAAAGGGGUUCGAUACCACCUCAAGGAAUGGGGUAUAGGGAAUGCACAGCCACAAAAUCCGAAGGAAUUGUUCAACAUGAGGCACAACAAGGCUAGAAAUGUAAUCGAGAGAGCCUUCGCCGUUUUGAAGAUGCGCUGGGGGAUAUUACGUAGUGCGUCUUUUUACCCAAUACAAACCCAAAUUAGGUUAAUCAUGGUGUGUUUCCUACUCCAUAAUUUUAUUCACCGCGAGAUGACCAAUGACCCCUUCGAGGCAGCGGUUGAUGGAGGGAGCUCAGCACUCACCCCGGCUCUAGAUUGCACACAGCCUGACUACAUAGACUACGUAGACCCAACUGCAGAAUGGACUCAGUUCAGAGACUCCCUCACACUGACCAUGUGGAACAAUAGAUAGAGUUUGUUGCUAUCAUGUUAUUAGACCCACCCAGACGUUGUGACCAACUUUGUAAUUGAAACAAUUUAAAUAGCACUUAUGUCUGCUAUAGUAAUGUGUUUCCUUUCGCAUAUAGAUAAAAUUCAA